UGUUGGUUGGUCCAGAGUUUACCAUCGCAAUGGUCUAUGGACGUCGUACAGGCACAAACUUCAUAACUCUUUGAGUAAACAACUUCUUCUCAGUUUGCACAUUGGUACUGACUGAUGAUGAUUCCUAGAUAUUCUCUUUCAAUAUUAUCCUCGAGUUCAGUUUUGAGUGUUGCGUGUGGCAUGCGAUUACAUGUGUACUUUGGAAGGCUUAGAUGUAAUUAGAGAUAAACAGAUUUGCUGUAUCAAUUAAUCGCAGACUGUAGUGUCAGAAAUCUGUCAUUUCAAACGAUCAUCUCACUCUGGUGGUUCCGAUCCACCAAACGACUGGAGGAUUUUGCAGGAUAUGGUAGCCAAUCAGUACUUCUAGCGUUUUCACUUCUGUGGGUUGAGUUUCAUCUCUUGUCUGCACUGGAAUCUUGAGGUUGCUAACUUAGAAUCAUGAUGGAGACACUUUUGGGACUUGUAGCUCUGACUUUUGUUUUUACCGGGGCAGUACCCGCCGAUCCAACUGAACCUGCCGUCCAAUCGACCGUAGACACGGCGGCCCCUGCCACGGACUCCCCGCUCCUCGCGUAUCUUCCUUCGGUCAUUACAUUCCUUGAGAAGGAACCACUUUUCCUAGAGUGGUUCACUGAACGGGAAGUCAUGUUCGUUUUCCCGAGUUUCCUUGAGGAUUACGUCCUCCAUGUUUCAGCCAGUGAUCCCAGUGUGGGCUCAGUAGCAGACGAUGGAUGGACCAAUCUGUCAAGGACCAUAAACCCACCUGCCAUUUUGUCUGAGGAUCUGUUUUUAAACUUAACAAUCUUGGAUGCAUUUGCUGACACGGAGCUGACAUUAGAUCAAACUUCCAGUCACCCCAAAGGAAGUCACAAAGGCGAAAAGGAAGUUCCACUGAAUAACGAAACAAUGGGAAACACUGAUGAAAAAGAGAAUCGGAAAAUGGAAAGUAAAGGAAGUUCCAUGAUUGACGGGAAGAGCAUGCUGAACGACGGGAUGCUUUUGAGGCGGCUGAAGACACUCAGCCCAUCCGACGUUUCACCUCUCGCAUCUAACUUUACCCUCAUUGGAGAUCGCUUUGGGAAAAUGACUCUUAGCUUUGAGUUAUACUUGGAAGUGGACGGUGAAUUGGUGCUGGAUCCAGAGAUGACUGCAUUAGCCAAAGACAUUGACGUGCUCAACAUACGCAUUCCAAAUGGCUUUGACAUGGCGUUCGGGACCAUCAUGUUGGUGUUCGGCGCUCUCGUUACGGGCAUCAUGGGAUGUGAGCUGGAGUGGGCACCAGUCAAAGCGAUACUGAGGCGACCUUUUGGCCUCGUUAUCGGAUUCUGCAGCCAGUUUAUCAUCAUGCCUGUGACUGCAUUCCUAAUGUGCAUCGUCUUCAAGCUUCCUCCAGAACAUGCCAUUGGGAUCAUCUUGGCUGCUUGCUCACCGGGAGGUGGGCUGAGUAACAUGACAUCGGUAGCCAUUGAUGCCAACUUACUCCUCAGUAUCUCUAUGACAUUCUUCAGUACUAUCAUCGCUUUAGGAAUGAUGCCCCUGAAUCUCUUCAUGUACUCGCGCCGCUUCCAAGACGAUGAUUCCUUUCCCAUCCCCUUCAUGAAGAUCAUCAUGGGGCUCCUGACGAUGAUUGGCCCGUUGACAGCAGGCUGCAUCCUCCGCCACUUCAAGAAAGCCUGGGCUCUCAAGCUUGUCAAACUCCUCAAGCCUGUCUCCUUCAUUGUCAUCAUCUUUGCUCUGGCAGGUGGUAUCUACACCAUUCGAUUCGUCUUCACGUACAUUGUGGUGGAUAUGAUCGUGUGCUCUUUCUCCAUCCCCUACGUCGCCUUCGUCCUGGGUGGGUCGGCAGCCCUGAUAUGCCGCCGGGACUUCAAGGAGGUGAAGACCAUAGCCAUCGAGACGGCAAUCCAGAAUGUUGGCAUUGGGGGAGGGAUUGUGAGGUUGGUGUACCCACAGCCGGAUGCUGAUAUCAUUACGUGUACCAUCUUGUGGACUUUGAUGGGACAGUCGUGUAUGAUUUUUACAGUGAUUGGAAUCUAUAUGCUGUACGAGAGAGUCAUCAAGGGACGCUGCGAUGGACGGAAAAAACUGGAAAACGUGGAGGAGAAUGAGGAGGUAGACGGAGUAGACAGUAAACGGUCGUCGGCUGAUUGUGCCGAGAUGAUGCCACUUACUGAAAAUGACGAAGAUCACAAAACCAAUGGGACUGUCCACGCCCACCUCACUCGCAUGACCAAAGCACCCUCACAUACGACAGACAUGGUCAACGGAGCCUACAAAUUCUGGGGCUACCGUCCCUUGGUUGACGAGACUAUGAAGAAUGGAGACACCACCGGUGGCAACAGAUCGGUACCGGGGCUUUUCGUCACUUUCCCGCCGGGUGGAGCCGGUAUGACCGCUACCCAGUUAUGGGCACCACCCAUUGUGGGUCCGAAUGGAGAUGUUUGGAUACCAAACCCGGAGUUGUUCAAGAGCGCACCGGAAUCAACUGUAUGAAGCACACAAGAUGUAUACGUUCCGAAAUAUUUAAAUCGUGACUUCGACCUGUCCAUGAAAGCCAUAGCUCCUAGGAUCGUCUACACAAAAGGAGCAACUUAAAAGGGAAACUUGUUGACGGGGUGGUGACAUACCUUUUCGGAACUCCCAAAGCAUUAUUUACUUGAUGUUUAAAUUUAUAUGAACUACAUAUUAGUUAUUAGCUUUGAGAUAUAAGCGUUUAGUUAAAACAUGUAUAUAUGUGCAUUGACUGAGCGAACACCUAUAGUUCCCUCGGGAGUUUUGAAUGUAGCAUGCUUUAGUCUGGAGCAAAGGCUUCCACUGUCCCCUCUCGGGCUCCGUACAUGUCUGUAUAUAGAAAAGACUGACACAUGGUGUCAGAAAUUUAUGUUUUGUUCAAGUCAAGUAAUUAAUGCAAGUAUGGUCACAAUGUGAGCCAAGUUUACAUCGUCGAGUAGAUAUCUACAUUGCAUUGUAUAGACUUUUCGUGCAGCCAUCUUGAAUGUCUCCCAUUAAGAUCACAUCAAUGUUACCAAACCACUGGAAUAACAAAAUAGUCUGGUUCCUAAUUGCAAAUGUAUCAGCAUUCAUUAUUGUUAUUCGCUACGAGGAACAAGACCAAAAUGGAGACAGCAUGAUAAAGGUAUAUAACCAUACGAGUGCCAGUGGACAAGGGUCAUUAUGCCAACUUGGUCUUAGUCUAAAACUUUGAGUAUAAGAGAUGUGCUAAAUAAGGGUAAAAGCCCUUUCACACAACAGCUAUUAAACACGGGUCCCUUGCUUAAUUUACGCAUGGUUAUGAAUUUUGACCAAAUGCUCCUCGUGUAGAAGGACAAUGGUGUUUAUUCUGUCCAUAAAGGAUGGCAAGUUUGAGAAAAUUUUACAAGGGACCAUGGACAUACCAAAGAUUGUUGUCCUUUCAGACAAAGUGCAACCUACAAAAUUUCACAACCAUGCUAAAAAAAUCAGCGAAGGACUCCUGCUAAAAUGCUGUCGUGUGAAAAGGGCUAAAGAGAAAAAAAAAACAAGUUGCGUAAAUUUGACCUUAUUUUAGCCAUUAAUGAUCACCUCUAUGGGGAAGUUAGACUUCUCAGAAGAAAACAAAGUCAAGGAGGCCUAAGAGUAAGACACUGUGAAGUUACGUUUUUAAAACGCCUAGAUUUGCAUAUUUCAUAAGUAGUACUAUAUUGUAUAUAUUAUUAAGUUUUAACUGUAGGCAGCAUUUACAAAUAAUAUACUUGUUCUUAAAUUCAAAAAGGUGCUAUACCUAUUUGUAUUAACAAUAAAUUAUAUUCGAGUAUAGAAUAGGUAGGGUGUGCACGUGGUGGGAUUCAUGCCUUUGCUAAUACAAACAUUGAAUAAGGCAGGCACACAUUCAGCGUAUAUCUAGACUUGUGAACAAGUUGUUAAUGGUUUGUCGUGUUGAUAGUCGAGUCGUGACAGACACUUAACGACUUGUCCACAAGUCUAAAUAGAGUAUGUCAUGAUAAGAUAUUUGGUAAAGAGGACUGUCGCUGUAGCUGACGUGUCUUUUGCAAAUUAUUAUAGCCUAUACCUGGAAUAAUAUUUAAAAAAUCGACAUUAAGUAGAAAACUGUAGACCUUUUGUUUACAUGCACUGGACACUAUAGGUAAUAACUAUCGUAAAACAAUCAUGGUUAGCAUAACAACUUACAUGGUAACGAGAAAUGGUGAGCUGUUGAUAAUUUAACAUAUUGUGAGAAACAGCUCC